GUCAGUGUCGCGUGAGCCGGGCUGGUGGUAGGACGUGCAGACGGGGAGCGCCAAGGAUUUUGGCCGAGCGACGAUGGGGGGCAAGAAGACCCUGCUGAUGGUAGUGCUCGCCGCAGUCGCCUUCGGGCGAAAUUUGGACGAGCCUCACCUGAAAUCGAUGGGCAGGACGUCGAAGAUGGCGUCAAUAUGGCGGCAGACGUCUGGCGUCGGUUCCUUCAAGAACCUGCGGACGGCUGGAGGCAACAGCCUGACCAAGCCUGCUCGCCUUCCUUGCACCGAGGAGGGCUUCUUUCCCCAGCCGGGCUCCUGUCACAAUUUCUAUCGCUGCGUCGACUUCUCGGGGACCAAGAAGCGUUUCUCCGUCUACCGAUUCGAUUGUCCUUUUGGCACAGUGUUUGACGAUGACCUGGACAUCUGUAACCACCCAAGAGCCGUCAAGAAUCCACCAGAGUGUUCAGGGGCCGUAGCAAACUUGCCACUACCGGAGCCUCCUGGUGUAGAUGGCCCCGCUGUCCCGGGAGGCGUCGGAGGUACCGGAGGAACUGGAGGUACCGGAGGCACCGGAGGUACUGGAGGAACUGGAGGUACUGUAGGAACUGGAGGUACUGGAGGAACUGGAGGUACCGUAGGAACUGGAGGUACCGGAGGUACUGGAGGAACUGGAGGUACCGUAGGAACUGGAGGUACUGGAGGAACUGGAGGUACCGGAGGUACUGGAGGAACUGGAGGUACCGGAGGUACUGGAGGUGUUGGAAGUCCUGGAGGUGCAGGUGGAUAUCCUGGAGGUGCUGGUGCUGGAGGCACUGGAGGUGCAGGUGGAUACCCUGGAGGUGCAGGUGCUGGAGGCCCUGGAGGUGCAGGUGGAUACCCUGGAGGUGCAGGUGCUGGAGGCCCUGGAGGUACUGGAGGUGCAGGUGGAUACCCUGGAGGUGCAGGUGCUGGAGGCACUGGAGGUGCAGGUGGAUACCCUGGAGGUUCUGGUGCUGGAAGUCCUGGAGGUGCAGGUGCUGGAGGCACUGGAGGUGCAGGUGCUGGAGGCACUGGAGGUGCAGGUGGAUACCCUGGAGGUGCAGGUGCUGGAGGCCCUGGAGGUGCAGGUGGAUACCCUGGAGGUGCAGGUGCUGGAGGCCCUGGAGGUGCAGGUGGAUACCCUGGAGGUGCUGGUGCUGGAGGCCCUGGGGGUGCAGGUGGAUACCCUGGAGGUUCUGGUGCUGGAGGCCCUGGAGGUGCAGGUGUUGGUGGAUUCCCUGGAGGUGCUGGAGGCCCUGGAGGUGUUGGUGGAUUCCCUGGAGGUGCAGGUGGAUACCCUGGAGGUGCAGGUGCUGGAGGCACUGGAGGUGCAGGUGGAUACCCUGGAGGUGCUGGUGCUGGAGGCCCUGGAGGUGCAGGUGCUGGAGGCACUGGAGGUGCAGGUGGAUACCCUGGAGGUGCAGGUGCUGGAGGCCCUGGAGGUGCAGGUGUUGGUGGAUUCCCUGGAGGUGCUGGAGGCUCUGGAGGUGCUGGUGGAUACCCUGGAGGUGCAGGUGCUGGAGGUGCAGGUGUUGGUGGAUUCCCUGGAGGUGCAGGUGCUGGAGGCCCUGGAGGUGCAGGUGCUGGAGGCCCUGGAGGUGCUGGUGCUGGAGGCGCUGGAGGUGCAGGUGGAUACCCUGGAGGUGCUGGUGCUGGAGGCCCUGGAGGUGCAGGUGCUGGAGGCGCUGGAGGUGCAGGUGUUGGUGGAUUCCCUGGAGGUGCUGGAGGCUCUGGAGGUGCUGGUGGAUACCCUGGAGGUGCUGGUGCUGGAGGCCCUGGAGGUGCAGGUGCUGGAGGCACUGGAGGUGCAGGUGCUGGAACUCCUGGAUUGCCUGGAAGUGUUGGAACUCCCGGAGGUGCUGUAACUCCUGGAUUCUCUGGAACUGCUGUAGUGCCUGCAAGCGUUGAUAUUCCUGGAAGUGCAGGUACUCCUGGAUUGCCUGGAAGCGCUGGAACUUCUGGAUUACCUGGAAGUGCUGGAGGCUCUGGAGGUGCUGGUGGAUACCCUGGAGGUGCUGGUGCUGGAGGCCCUGGAGGUGCAGGUGCUGGAGGCGCUGGAGGUGCAGGUGGAUACCCUGGAGGUGCAGGUGCUGGAGGCCCUGGAGGUGCAGGUGGAUACCCUGGAGGUGCUGGUGCUGGAGGCCCUGGAGGUGCAGGUGGAUACCCUGGAGGUGCUGGUGCUGGAGGCCCUGGAGGUGCAGGUGCUGGAGGCGCUGGAGGUGCAGGUGGAUACCCUGGAGGUGCUGGUGCUGGAGGCCCUGGAGGUGCAGGUGGAUACCCUGGAGGUGCUGGUGCUGGAGGCCCUGGAGGUGCAGGUGGAUACCCUGGAGGUGCAGGUGCUGGAGGCGCUGGAGGUGCAGGUGGAUACCCUGGAGGUGCUGGUGCUGGAGGCCCUGGAGGUGCAGGCGCUGGAGAUGCAGGUGGAUACCCUGGAGGUGCUGGUGCUGGUGGCACUGGAGGUGCAGGUGGAUACCCUGGAGGUGCUGGUGCUGGAGGCCCUGGAGGUGCAGGUGCUGGAGGCGCUGGAGGUGCAGGUGGAUACCCUGGAGGUGCAGGUGCUGGAGGCCCUGGAGGUACUGGAGGUGUAGGUGGAUACCCUGGAGGUGCAGGUGCUGGAGGCCCUGGAGGUGCAGGUGGAUACCCUGGAGGUGCAGGUGCUGGAGGCCCUGGAGGUACUGCAGGUGCAGGUGGAUACCCUGGAGGUGCUGGUGCUGGAGGCCCUGGAGGUGCAGGUGCUGGAGGCACUGGAGGUGCAGGUGCUGGAACUCCUGGAUUGCCUGGAAGUGUUGGAACUCCCGGAGGUGCUGUAACUCCUGGAUUCUCUGGAACUGCUGUAGUGCCUGCAAGCGUUGAUAUUCCUGGAAGUGCAGGUACUCCUGGAUUGCCUGGAAGCGCUGGAACUUCUGGAUUACCUGGAAGUGCUGGAGGCUCUGGAGGUGCUGGUGGAUACCCUGGAGGUGCUGGUGCUGGAGGCCCUGGAGGUGCAGGUGCUGGAGGCGCUGGAGGUGCAGGUGGAUACCCUGGAGGUGCAGGUGCUGGAGGCCCUGGAGGUACUGGAGGUGCAGGUGGAUACCCUGGAGGUGCAGGUGCUGGAGGCCCUGGAGGUGCAGGUGGAUACCCUGGAGGUGCAGGUGCUGGAGGCCCUGGAGGUACUGCAGGUGCAGGUGGAUACCCUGGAGGUGCUGGUGCUGGAGGCCCUGGAGGUGCAGGUGCUGGAGGCACUGGAGGUGCAGGUGCUGGAACUCCUGGAUUGCCUGGAAGUGUUGGAACUCCCGGAGGUGCUGUAACUCCUGGAUUCUCUGGAACUGCUGUAGUGCCUGCAAGCGUUGAUAUUCCUGGAAGUGCAGGUACUCCUGGAUUGCCUGGAAGCGCUGGAACUUCUGGAUUACCUGGAAGUGCUGGAGGUGCUGGUGGAUACCCUGGAGGUGCAGGGGCUGGAGGCGCUGGAGGUGGAGGUCCUGGAGGAGGUGGUACUGGGUACCCUGGAAGCACUAGUAGUGUUCCAGGAUCAGUAAGUAGUGGUGUUGGACCUGGAAAUGUUGUUGUUCUUGGACCCGGAAGUUCAGGAGGUGCUGGAACUCCUGGAUUACCUGGAAGUGCUGGAACCCCUGGAAGUGCUGGAUUACCUGGAAGUGUUGGAACUCCUGGAUUACCUGGAAGUCCUGGAACUCCUGGAUUGCCUGGAAGUGCUGGAACUCCUGGAUUGCCUGGAAGUGCUGGAACUCCUGGAGGUGCUGUAACUUCUGGAUUCUCUGGAACUGUUGUAGUGCCUGCAAGCGUUGAUAUUCCUGGAAGUGCAGGUACUCCUGGAUUGCCUGGAAGCGCUGGAACUUCUGGAUUACCUGGAAGUGCUGGAACUUCUGGAUUACCUGGAAGUGCUGGAACUCCUGGAUUGCCUGGAAGUGCUGGAACUCCUGGAUUGCCUGGAAGUGCUGGAACUCCCGGAGGUGCUGUAACUCCUGGAUUCCCUGGAACUGCUGGAGUGCCUGGAAGCGUUGGUAUUCCUGGAAGUGCAGGUACUCCUGGAUUGCCUGGAAGCGCUGGAACUUCUGGAUUACCUGGAAGUGCUGGAACUUCUGGAUUACCUGGAAGUGCUGGAACUCCUGGAUUGCCUGGAAGUGCUGGAACUCCUGGAUUGCCUGGAAGUGCUGGAACUCCCGGAGGUGCUGUAACUCCUGGAUUCCCUGGAACUGCUGGAGUGCCUGGAAGCGUUGGUAUUCCUGGAAGUGCAGGUACUCCUGGAUUGCCUGGAAGCGCUGGAACUUCUGGAUUACCUGGAAGUGCUGGAACUUCUGGAUUACCUGGAAGUGCUGGAACUCCUGGAUUGCCUGGAAGUGCUGGAACUCCUGGAUUGCCUGGAAGUGCUGGAACUCCCGGAGGUGCUGUAACUCCUGGAUUCCCUGGAACUGCUGGAGUGCCUGGAAGCGUUGGUAUUCCUGGAAGUGCAGGUACUCCUGGAUUGCCUGGAAGCGCUGGAACUUCUGGAUUACCUGGAAGUGCUGGAACUUCUGGAUUACCUGGAAGUGCUGGAACUCCUGGAUUGCCUGGAAGUGCUGGAACUCCCGGAGGUGCUGUAACUCCUGGAUUCUCUGGAACUGCUGUAGUGCCUGCAAGCGUUGAUAUUCCUGGAAGUGCAGGUACUCCUGGAUUGCCUGGAAGCGCUGGAACUUCUGGAUUACCUGGAAGUGCUGGAACUUCUGGAUUACCUGGAAGUGCUGGAACUCCUGGAUUGCCUGGAAGUGCUGGAACUCCUGGAUUGCCUGGAAGUGCUGGAACUCCCGGAGGUGCUGUAACUCCUGGAUUCCCUGGAACUGCUGGAGUGCCUGGAAGCGUUGGUAUUCCUGGAAGUGCAGGUACUCCUGGAUUGCCUGGAAGCGCUGGAACUUCUGGAUUACCUGGAAGUGCUGGAACUUCUGGAUUACCUGGAAGUGCUGGAACUCCUGGAUUGCCUGGAAGUGCUGGAACUCCUGGAUUGCCUGGAAGUGCUGGAACUCCCGGAGGUGCUGUAACUCCUGGAUUCCCUGGAACUGCUGGAGUGCCUGGAAGCGUUGGUAUUCCUGGAAGUGCAGGUACUCCUGGAUUGCCUGGAAGCGCUGGAACUUCUGGAUUACCUGGAAGUGCUGGAACUUCUGGAUUACCUGGAAGUGCUGGAACUCCUGGAUUGCCUGGAAGUGCUGGAACUCCUGGAUUGCCUGGAAGUGCUGGAACUCCCGGAGGUGCUGUAACUCCUGGAUUCCCUGGAACUGCUGGAGUGCCUGGAAGCGUUGGUAUUCCUGGAAGUGCAGGUACUCCUGGAUUGCCUGGAAGCGCUGGAACUUCUGGAUUACCUGGAAGUGCUGGAACUUCUGGAUUACCUGGAAGUGCUGGAACUCCUGGAUUGCCUGGAAGUGCUGGAACUCCUGGAUUGCCUGGAAGUGCUGGAACUCCCGGAGGUGCUGUAACUCCUGGAUUCCCUGGAACUGCUGGAGUGCCUGGAAGCGUUGGUAUUCCUGGAAGUGCAGGUACUCCUGGAUUGCCUGGAAGCGCUGGAACUUCUGGAUUACCUGGAAGUGCUGGAACUUCUGGAUUACCUGGAAGUGCUGGAACUCCUGGAUUGCCUGGAAGUGCUGGAACUCCCGGAGGUGCUGUAACUCCUGGAUUCUCUGGAACUGCUGUAGUGCCUGCAAGCGUUGAUAUUCCUGGAAGUGCAGGUACUCCUGGAUUGCCUGGAAGCGCUGGAACUUCUGGAUUACCUGGAAGUGCUGGAACUUCUGGAUUACCUGGAAGUGCUGGAACUCCUGGAUUGCCUGGAAGUGCUGGAACUCCUGGAUUGCCUGGAAGUGCUGGAACUCCCGGAGGUGCUGUAACUCCUGGAUUCCCUGGAACUGCUGGAGUGCCUGGAAGCGUUGGUAUUCCUGGAAGUGCAGGUACUCCUGGAUUGCCUGGAAGCGCUGGAACUUCUGGA